CUUGAUCGGUCCAGCGAUCUACCUACCCGGCUACCUUCCUUAUUUUCUCUCCCCUUCGUCCUCAAGUUGCGACCAGGGUCGUGGCCUCGCCUCGCACGUCACGCCCCGGCUGCCCAGGCAGCGCAGCGUCGAGUCGGCUGGAAAGGAGAAGAAAGGCAGCAGGAGGGAGCGGAGAGACGGUGUCGUGAGCGCGGCGCGGGCCUUGCGAUGUCAUCAGACAGAGCCGGAAGCGGCGCGGGGAUGGAGCGCUUGAUUUACCAAGCUUUCUCUCAAGAAGAAGCCAAAGAACUUGAUGUUCAGCACCAGGGAUCCCGAAAGGCCGAGGCCUUUCUGAAAGCCUUCCUCAGAAGAAGCAUGCCCCAUGUGACAGAAGCCCAACUCCAUGACCACCUUCAUCGCAAAGCCGUUGUGCUAGAGUACCUUCCCCCAAAAAAGCCCAAGGAAAGAAAAAGAAAAUCGAAAGGCUUCUCUGCAAAGCAGAGGCGAGAGUUGCACCUCUUUGAAAUCAGACCAGAGCAGCAAAGAUACAGCUUGUUUCUCCCUCUGCAUAAUCUCUGGAAACAGUAUAUCCGGGACUUGUGCAAUGGUCUCAAGCCAGACACGCAACCACAGAUGAUUCAAGCCAAGUUGUUAAAAGCAGAUCUUCAUGGUGCUAUUAUUACAGUUACAAAAUCUAAAUGCCCCUCUUAUGUUGGUAUUACGGGAAUUCUUCUUCAAGAAAUGAAGCAUGUCUUCAAAAUUAUCACCAAAGAUGACAAAUUAAAAGUUAUUCCCAAGUUAAACUGUGUGUUUACUAUAGAGAUCGAUGGCUUCAUUUCCUAUAUUUAUGGGAGCAAGUUCCAACUUCGGUCAAGUGAGCGUUCUGCAAAGAAGUUCAAAGCAAAAGGAACAAUUGACCUCUGAACUUGUGGCUGCUUAAGAAAAUAUCACUGCGAUUCAGAACAGUGUGAAGGAAGGCGGGAGACCUGAACUGGCAGCUGGCUCAUGUUUGGUGCCUUGCUCCUUAAAAAAAAAUAAAUAAAUAACUGCCAGGCCAGUGAGUAGCUCAUUUCCAGCUCAUUUCACCAGUUCAAUUGUUAGAGUUGUCUUUUCUUUCCAUAUUGUUUAAAAAUUCUGCGUGUGGUCUGCCUGCCUCUUUGGUUAAACAGUUGAUUUUCUGAUUGCAUUAUUUUCUAGUGAGAUUUGUUGAGUCAAUUCAAGUCUGUCGCCCCCUGGAGUAGCAGUCUCAGCAGAAAGUAGCUUACACAAUCACAGGCUUUUAUUUUGCAAAUUAAUAGUUCCAUUGGAUUAAGGAGUUGGGACCAUGCAUAUUGAGCUUUGUGUCAUCUAGUCUCUAUACCUCAGGAGCAGACUAUAAAGAGGGAAAUGCAGAAGGUACUGUUCUCCAGUGCCAAGCCUUUGUGGCAUCAUCCAGAGAAAAGCCAGGGCACCUGGGAGGAUAGAGAGGAUCAUGAGGCUUUCUUUCCCAAACUCCCAUACAUUGUGUGACCGUCCACUUCCCAGAAACUUCAUCCCAGGUGUCCUUUGAAGCUGUUUCAGAAAACUAUAUCUGUAAUAACUUUGAAAUCUGAAUAAGAAAAUGUAUUAUUUGUGCAAUAAACAUAUUAUUUUUAAAAAUAA